AAAACAGAAUAUAACAGAAAGGAAACGUGACCUCACUUCCAACCUAAACUCGGCCGCAAGCUGCCUUUUGUAGCAUUGGGAUCAAGCAGAUGAGAGCAGGCCUGGCCGCGUGCCGGUCCCAAUCAUGGCGCUCUCAAUGUCGAUAUUUCUCCGCAGCUGCACGUCUUCUAAGCCAUCAAGAGCCAACAGACGCGCGGAUCAAGGGUCUAGGCAAGGAAAUCGCCGAUGAAUAUGCCCGCCUCAGGGACCGAUAUGCUACACCAAAACAUCCCGUCGUGCUUGCUCACGGCUUGCUGGGCUUCGCCGAGCUGAAGUUGGCUGGCUCCUUGCUGCCCAGUAUACACUAUUGGAGGGGCAUCAAGGAGGCACUCAGCGGUAACCAUGCUGAAGUCAUAACGGCCUCGGUGCCCCCGAGCGGUUCCAUCGAGCACAGGGCGGCCAAGCUCGCCGAGGACAUCUCAGCCCAGGCACAGGGCAAGAGCGUCAACAUCAUCGCCCACAGCAUGGGCGGGCUCGACGCGCGCUACAUGAUUUCUCAGCUCCACCCCAAAGGCGUCGACGUCAAGUCGCUGGUCACGGUCGGCACGCCGCACCAUGGCAGUCCCUUCGCAGACUACAUCAUCGACCGGAUAGGCCCGCUGUACCUGCCGCGCCUGUACCAUCUCUGGGAGCGGGCGACUGGCUGGGAGCCUUCCGCUUUUGCCCAGCUCACAACGAGAUACAUGGCCGAGGAGUUCAACCCCCGGACGCCCGAUGACCCGGCCGUCCGAUACUUUUCGUAUGGCGCCAUGGUCAUGCACCGCCCGCCGCUGCUGAGCCCGUUCCGUUACUCGCACCGCGUCAUUGAGCGGGUUGAGGGCCCCAAUGAUGGGCUCGUCAGCGUCACAAGCAGCCAAUGGGGCACCUACAAGGGCACGCUGCUCGGUGUUAACCAUCUGGACUUGAUCAAUUGGAGCAACAGGCUUCGCUUUACCACGCAGAAGUUGAUGGGGCACCCUCCCUCGUAAGUCAUGUCUGAUCCCGCUGUCGUCGUUCUUGUCAUGCACUGCUAACGUUCCCUCUGUAGGUUCAACGCGGUUGCCUUUUAUCUUGAUAUCGGCGAUAUGCUUGCGAAAGAAGGGCUCUAGGCCAACGUCGGCAUCUUCGGUCAUGGCCCUACUCAUCUGCGACCAAUUAGUUCCACUCUCUGCCCAGGAGUUGGGAAUGAUAUCUUCGCUUAUCGUUGUCCGCUUCAGCGGCCGCUUAGUUGAUGGCCGCCGAUGUUCCGAAACGAGUAUCGUAAGGAUCACAAGGUCGUAGGUCAAUAUACCACCGUAUACCCUCCCGCUUCUGGUGAUCAUGCUGACAAGCAAACAGGCACUGGGGACACAUCUCCCGCAUCUACCCGCGCCACGGGGCUGCUUCACACAAUCUGCUG